AGCCAUAUGGGAUCAUUAGUGAAAGAAGAAACUUCGCCUUCGUUGAUGACGGAGUUUUUGGAGAAGUGCGGUGGUUAUGCGGUUGUGGACGGAGGCUUUGCGACGGAGCUACAACGCCAUGGGGCUGACAUCAAUGAUCCACUUUGGAGUGCCAAGUGCCUCAUUACUUCUCCUCACCUCGUCACAAAGGUGCACUUGGAUUACCUAGAGUCUGGAGCAAACAUCAUCAUAACCGCAUCAUACCAGGCGACGAUCCAAGGAUUUGUGGCAAAGGGUUUAUCGGUGGGAGAAGCUGAGAGUUUGCUGAGGAGGAGCGUAGAAAUCACGUGUGAGGCACGCGAGAUCUUCUACAACAGAUGCACUAAGGGUUCUUGGGAUUUCGACCACGCCGGAAAAGCUUCCCGGCGACCGGUUCUCGUCGCAGCUUCCGUUGGUAGCUAUGGAGCUUAUCUCGCCGAUGGCUCUGAAUACAGCGGAAUAUAUGAGGAUUCUGUGAGCAUGGAGACAUUGAAGGACUUCCAUAGAAGAAGAGUUCAAAUCCUAACAAAAUCUGGAGCUGAUCUUAUCGCAUUCGAGACUAUUCCAAACAAGCUCGAAGCUGAGGCUUAUGCGGAUCUUCUUGAGGAGGAAGGCAUCGACAUUGCAGCAUGGUUCUCGUUCACAUCAAAGGACGGAGUCACUGUGCCACGUGGGGAGUCAAUUAUAGAAUGCGCGAAAGUGGCAGAUUCUUGCAAGAAUGUGGUGGCCAUUGGAAUCAAUUGUACUGCACCAAGAUACAUUCACGAUAUGAUAAUCUCCUUGCGCAAAGUGACUCGCAAACCGAUCGUUGUCUACCCAAAUAGUGGAGAAGUCUAUGAUGGUCUGAACAAGAAAUGGAUUAAAUCAGAAGGAGAAUCAGAGGAGGAUUUUGUGUCGUAUGUGAGUAGGUGGAGAGAUGAAGGGGCAUCUCUGUUUGGAGGAUGUUGUCGGACAACUCCAAACACCAUCAGAGCCAUUGCUAAAGUUCUCUCCGGCGAAUCUCCGGCACCAUCCAAACUCACAUUCCGACUGUAG